ACUCACAGAUUGCGCAUGCACACGAAAUGAAUAGUUUAUGCGCACGACGUCAAUCAAGUUACACAUUUGCUUAUCGCCUCCAGCGCCGCUUUACGCGUCACUCGAUCGAGCUAACAAUCUGUGUGCACAUGCCUGCGAGUGUCUAGUCUGGCCACAGCACGUCGGAAAUUGCGUAUACCGGAUCAUUAGGCGUGUCUGUUAUGUUUAGCUGCUGUCUAUACGCGCCUGCCUGUAGCGACAUCGAUCAGUCACCUUGAAGCCCCACGGAGGAGAGGAAAUCUCGUCGCUCUGCGGUUAUAUUCAUGUCUCUUGCUCUCUUUCUUCUUCUUCUUCGAGCAGCCGUCGAUGCUCAUCGUAUCAUACGCAACAGCCCGACGGUUGAAUCGAUUUCGGCGUCGACGGCGUCGAGUCCGAGUCCGAUGGGUGACGGGACCGACGUCGGCAAAGUGACGGAGCCGAGCAGUCAAUGCAAUGACGGAGUUGUGUGUCAGAGAAGCGAGAAAAGCGUCUUCAUCGGAUCGUACGGGGACGUCGAUUUGAAUUUCCAUCUGCUGCAAGUUGAUGUGGGGAGAUGCUCGUGUCCGGCUGACGGCCUGCCACCUCCGUUCUCCGUUGGCUCGCUCACCUUUCCAGGGACGAAGCCAAAGUGUCCAAAGAAGCACGCCUGUUUUCCCGCCCGCUCGCACGUCGAGCGCUACCACCUGCGGACGGGCCCGAGAGACGUCGCCGUCAUCGAUUCCUGCCAGUGCGCGAAGACGAGCGAGAGAUGCGCGCGUCUGACGAACCGUCGGGUCUACUACGCCGGCACGGAGUACGAAACGACGGUCGACCACGGACUGUGCCUCGGCAAAUGCGGCGGCAAGUCGUGCGUGGCGUCGCGCAACACCUCGGUGGCGAUCAACACACCGAACGGUUCGCGUCGAUUGGGCGUCAUAUCUGAGUGUACGUGCAAGAGCUCCUGCUAUCGGACGACGCACUGGGAUCUCUUCAGAGAGACGUAUCGGAAUUUGACGACAGGAGAGACGAUGGUGAAAUGGAAGAAAGUCGAUGUGGGCCGAUGUGUUGGGACUUGUCCAAGAAAGCAACUCUGUGCAGGACCCAGCAAUCAUCCGUUGUGCAUAACGACAUCAUCCGAAGAUGGCUGCUUCGUGAGACGUCGUAGUAAAGUUCAAUUAGAGACGGCCGACAACUCAAAAUCGUUUGUAACUGUAAUACAGGACUGCAAUUGUCAGCCGUCCGGUUUAUCGGACGCCGCAAAAGCCGAGGCAAAAGGCACUGCCGGCGGACGUUAACGACGAUUGGAACUGUGUAGAGUGUCCGCGAGCCUAAGUUUGCGGACGUGGUUCAUACGAGAUAGUUCAAAGAAGUUUGGAGUAUAUUCAGAUAUAUCUGGGAGUGGCACGUUGUGUUUGGGGUGUGGUCUCGGAUGGCUGCCUCUCGUUCGAGUUUCUCUGUACAUUUUUGUGCCUCUCUGUUGGGAUAGUGACGGUAUACGUAGCUUGUACGACUAAUUCUCAAAGAGAUUGUUUUUAAAGACGUUUCACAUGCGUUAUGGGCAUGGAAGAUGUAACAGAAUGUAUUGAGUGAGAGUAGUGUUGCUAACAAGUAUCAGUGUAAGUAA